AAUAGGAGAGGAAGCCAUCUUGGUCUUUCUGUUUAGACCAAAUACGUAGCUAGGUAGCUAAAUAAUAGCUGGCAGCAGAGAAGUCAUAAAAAGCGAAAAAAAUUAUAUCAACCAUCCGCGGGUAAGGAGUUCAGAAGACAGGAGGAUUUUUGAAGACGAUUGAGAAUGGCGAACAUUUCGGCCAUGCAGCUCCUAGUGUAAGGUGUUCUACCUAUGCUACACCAAGCUUCAGUGUGACACGGUAUUAGCACCGUUAAUAGUUUUAUUGCUUGCAGUAUCAACGACUCAUAUUUCUUUUCUUUUUUUUGAUGAGACGUUUUGAUGAGAAAAAGGAAGAUACUAUUGAGGAACAGGAGUCGAGAGGAGACACUUGCUUAAUAGCUAAAUACAUUUGCUUUGGUUAACCGUAAACCUGAGAAGUCUCACUCCCCUCAAGAACUGUAGCAAGCCAAGUGUGUUUUCGUUUGGUGGAAAUACUAUUUUCCUCACCACACAUCAAGAACUUAAUCACAAACCUAUUGGAAAGAGAGGAUAAUUCCCUAGCCCCUGGCCAUGAGUACCGCCAGUACCCAGAACCCAGUGAUACUGGGCCUGUCCAAGCAGAAUGGCCAGCACAGAGGCCAGGUGGGGAAGCCUGCAGGCAGUCCAGGAGGUGGAGGAGGGGGUCCUCAGGCACAGAAGCCCAGUCAGAUGAAGCAGGCCCCAAGCACAAUCAACAACGGAACUGGGCGUGGCAGUGCCCAGCUGGCUAAAGCUGCCCCGCCAGCCAGCACGGUCAUCAAGCCUGGAGAUGACUGGAAGAAGAAUUUGACACUCCCGCCAAAAGACAUGAGGAUGAGAACUUCGGAUGUAACUGCAACUAAAGGCAACGAGUUUGAAGACUACUGCCUCAAGAGAGAGCUUCUGAUGGGGAUCUUUGAGAUGGGCUGGGAGAAACCGUCUCCAAUCCAGGAGGAGAGCAUUCCCAUAGCGUUAUCCGGGAGGGACAUACUGGCCAGGGCAAAGAAUGGGACAGGGAAGAGCGGAGCCUACCUCAUCCCCCUACUGGAACGCAUCGACCUGAAGAAGGACUGCAUACAAGCUGUGGGCAUCGUCCCCACCAGAGAGCUGGCCUUGCAGGUGAGCCAGAUCUGUAUCCAGGUCAGCAAACACAUGGGAGGAGUCAAAGUCAUGGCAACCACCGGAGGCACCAACCUCCGUGAUGACAUCAUGAGGCUGGACGAGACAGUGCAUGUGGUGAUCGCCACGCCUGGGAGGAUCCUGGAUCUGAUUAAAAAGGGCGUGGCCAAAGUUAAUCACGUUCAGAUGAUUGUCUUGGAUGAGGCCGACAAGCUACUGUCUCAGGACUUUGUGGUGAUGAUGGAAGAGAUUUUGAGCUAUCUGCCCAAACAGAGACAAAUUCUGCUUUACUCAGCCACCUUCCCUCUGAGCGUGCAGAAGUUCAUGAACUCCCACCUGUCGAAGCCAUAUGAGAUCAACCUGAUGGAAGAGCUGACCCUGAAGGGGGUCACCCAGUAUUAUGCGUACGUUACGGAGAGGCAGAAGGUUCACUGUCUCAACACGCUUUUCUCUCGGCUCCAGAUCAACCAGUCCAUAAUCUUCUGUAACUCGUCUCAGAGGGUGGAGCUGCUUGCUAAGAAGAUCUCCCAGCUGGGCUACUCGUGUUUCUACAUCCACGCCAAGAUGAGACAGGAACAUCGUAACAGAGUGUUUCACGACUUCAGAAACGGACUCUGCCGUAACCUGGUCUGCACUGACCUCUUCACGCGAGGUAUCGACAUCCAGGCGGUGAAUGUGGUGAUCAACUUUGACUUUCCCAAGCUGGGAGAGACCUACCUGCACCGCAUCGGCAGGUCUGGACGUUUUGGCCACCUGGGCCUGGCCAUCAACCUGAUCACGUAUGACGACCGCUUCAACCUGAAGGGCAUCGAGGAGCAGCUGGGCACAGAGAUCAAACCCAUCCCAGGCAGCAUCGACAAGAGCCUGUAUGUUGCGGAGUACCACAGCGAGAGUGGUGAGGAGGGGAAGCCGUGAGGAGAGACAGAUCAGAUGAGAACCCCUUCCCCGUUUCACCAACCCCCCUCCCCCUUACGUUCUGCCUCCCCACCUUCUGUUUCACGGACUUGUCUGGAUAUAUAGCUUCCUGUCUGUCGGUCUUCCUGUUUUUUUUUUUGUUUUUUUUUUGGUGCCACCACGUGAAAUCAGUGACGGACAACGAAACCAGUGGAAGAGCUCCGGGCUGAUCUUCCCCUCUGCUGCACGGGACACAGUGAAGACUACUAGUUAUCACCACAGCCCCUGGAGGAGGGAGGCAGGGGAGGCGGGGGAGACAGGCUGACCGUGGUCUUACCAGGGUCACGUGACCAUUUAUAUCUUGCCCUGCUCCAAUCAACCGCCUGCACUUGCCGGCAAGCCAGCGCCGCCGCCGCCCCCCUUCCCCCGGCUGUCUCCUAUUGGUCACCUUUGUCAUCCGUUUCCUUCCUCCGCGUGUUACUUUGAUGUUUUUCUUUUAGCUCUUUUGUAUCAAGUGCCUUAACAAGCAGCUGAACUUGUUCCCAAGUAAUAACCAGUUCCACCUAGUCACCGUGGCAACGCAUUCGACCGUGCCCAUAGCCCAUCACUUUAAAUCAGGAUGUUUCUUUUGUUCGCUCUCCCACGUUUCAAUCAACGACCGCCCCAUCAUUUUUGACGUUCUGUGAGACAUUGCGUUGCAGUUCUGUCUGGUGUUCCAUAGUUGACCACAGAACCUGACUGGGUUUGGGUGGGUGUUCUGCCGCUGGCUUGGCUACAGUGCACAUUUGAGUAUUGACUACUGUAUGAAGACAGAGAAACGCGGAAGCAAGGCCUUGGGUGUUUCCCCUGAGGCUGGUGUCGGAGGCUGGAGAAGCAGCAUGUUCCGAGGCUCCCAUCAGGAGGCAGUAAAACUGUUCUCUGAAUGAACUCAUUCCUCCUCCUCUGUCUUCAUUCCUCCUCCUCGGUCUUCACAAUCGGAACACUAAGUACUGACAGUCCGGAACUUUGGGCGGCCUAUCGUAUUGUACGCAGAGGUGCGAGAUUACUUCCUGUUUGGGAGGACUGCCCGCCUGCCCGCUAUGAUGCGGACGAAGAGAAAAUGUGAGGAUUUUGGUCCCGUUGCAGUUUCGCGUUCCUCUGGACGGUAGUUGGUUGCUGCACUUUUUUCCCCGGGAUGUGCUCCUGAACCACGUCUGUCACUCUGUACACUCUGUAAAUACUUUAUUUCAUUUUUAAAAAGAUUGUUUUAAAACAAUGUUGAAAGGCUGGUUGAUACUUUGACGAGGCGAGGCAUCUUUAAGUUUAGGAUCUGGUCAGCACUGGAAGAGCUGUUCCUUCUGGUUUUUCUUUACCCACAAAAAACACCCUCAACUGGAUGAUCUGAAAUGAAGGCCUGUUAGUGUUUAUUUAUGACUUAAAAAAAAAAGAGCUUGUCCAGUUUGGAUCCAGGCGAUCACAUUUAAAUUCCCUGUGUGUGAUGCAAUGUGAUUCAGUAACCAAGCACACAUUUACUUUGAGCUCUUCUAUAUGAUUGUCAGUGCGAUUGUUCAAACCUGUACUUUUUGUUUAGAUCGAUUUAACGGAUCCCCACUGGUUUAUCAAUUUCCUUCCAGUGUUGACGAGACAUCCCACUGUAGUGGCCGGGACGAAGGCCUAAACGUCCCCGAACGAUACGAGACGAUGAUUUUUUUGUUUGUCACCAGCCUUUUCUUGUGAUACUGACUUAACAAGGCACUCGCCAUGAUCCCUGCUCAAGGAGUGAGUUGUAGUAAUUAAAAAGGUAAAUUAAUAUUGCAUCAUGUAGAUUAUAGCUACUAUGAAGAAAAGUGUAUAUGAAUGGGGGGGGGGGAUCUGAUCUCUAGCUGUUACGUCAGCCUGUCUACCAUUGGCACAUUAUAGCUGCAAGUAUUUGGGAGAGAAAGCAACAAGGCUUUUCUUAUUUCCUUACAAAGCAACUUGGUUGGUUUGGUGUAUCCAAACAAACCAUUAGACCCCAAAUGUAGCAGGGGAGGAGGAAAUAUUCUGGUGCAUUGUAUGCAAAUCCAGCUGGUUGUAAAUGAAAACCAGGUCAUACUAUACUCAGCACAAUGCAACAGGCUUUGUGCGGGCGUGCUGCACUGAAGGGAGGUCUUGCUUUUGGGUUUAGGGUCGUGGUCAGGCAAUACACUUGACUGCAUUGCUAGGCUAUCUGCACUUGCACCAGCCUGACUGACAAGUGCUUAACUGUUUUAAACUUUGUGGCG